UGAUAUCAUGUAUAUAUAUAUAUCAAUAAAUAAGUAAAUAUCAGUUUUGGAUGUAAGAAUAUCUGAAGGCCAAGUAUUUUUGUAAUUCUAUGUUUGUAUGAUUUUAGCCCAUUAAGUAGAUGUACAUUUAAAUGUGAAAAAAUUGAAAUAACUACUUGUUAUAAAGAAUUAUACAUAAUAUGUAUGUAUAAUAAAUAUAUAUUAUAAUGGCUACUUUGUCAUUAUUGUGGAGGAAUGGUUUGGCUGUAAGGGGAGAUGUGGAGGCCAAAUAUUUUUGUAAUUAUAUGUUUGUAUGAUUUUAGCCCAUUAAGUAGAUGAUUUAAAUGUAAAAAAAUUGAAAUAACUACUCGUUUUGAAUAAUUUUACAUACCGUAUAGUUGUUACUUAGUUUGAAAAUGUCAUUGUUUUUUAAUUUCAGUUUUAGGGGACAUUAUGUGGGGAAUAAUCGGCAAGCAGCCUUUUUGGCCUUGCUACAUUGUAACAGACAAUGAUGGGAGAUCAUACAAAAGGAAAAUGUGCUCCAACGAUGUUUAUAGAAUUUCGUUCUAUGUGCAGUGGAUGGUGGAUGGGAGGCAUUCCUGGGUGGGCCUCUCUUAUUUGGUGCCCUUUGAGAGGGCACCAAACCCCCAGCACACUCCGUAUGAUUAUGUUGAAGAAUUACAUCCAAACUCACCUCAAAACGAAAGACAACUUGAAGGCCUGUAAGGUGCCAAGGAGGCUGGUGGCCAAAGUGGACGCAGCAGUGGAGGAGGCUCUGGAGAUGCAGGAUGUUUUUAUAUGAGUAGAAGAAAGAAAGAAAUAAUUGUGAGGAGUACUCUGGAGAGAAGGGUACAGUGUCUGAUGGGUGAUGGUGAUUGGUUCCGUGGUGUUGAACCAGAUAGUGGUGGGACUUGCGGUGUCCUACCUGAGCGUCCUGAUGUGUGGCAUCGGUGUCCUGAUGGCGUGGCGUGGCUUCUCUCCCCUCCGCCAACUGCCCACCUUCCACUGGGUGUGCGCCGAGUUGGCGCUCCACAUAACUCUCACAGAGUUUUGCACAGCCGCUUGUUUUAUAAGCACAUUCACAAGCAGCACCACGAGUGGACGGCUCCAAUCUCAGUUACCGCCAUCUACUGUCAUCCCAUCGAGCACACAUUCAGCAAUCUGUUGCCGCCCUUCCUCGGGGUAAGCUCCAGCAUAGAUAAACGACAUGGUGUUUUGUAUCAAGUUUAGAUGAUACUGUAUCAUGUGUGGUGAUACUGUAUCCAAAAUGUGGUGAUACCUUAGAGAAAAUAUAGCUUAAGGGCGGUUGCAGACGAACCACAUUCGUAUGUAGGAUGUGGGACCGUCAUACCACAGAUCAAUAUGACUAAACGCCCUAACGCAGAGAGACUUUCACACUACAUUCGAGAAAACGCUCAUUAGUGCAACAGUAAUGUUAAGGUGCGUACAGAUAUACGCGCCGCGAACAUGAGCGAUUCACUUUUAAUCAGCUGAUGCCAAGCUUUUUAUAUCUUUACCUUACCGUUUCUGUAAAAAUGCAGAUAUAGUCAGGUGAUUAAAAGUGAAUUGCUCAUGUUCGCGGCGCGUAUAUCUGUACGCACCUUUAUGUAAUGUUCAGGUUGUAGGUUAUGUUGAGGUGAUUUCAUAAUAGUGUUUCAUCGUGAUAAAAUUUGUAGAACCAAUAUUGAUAUUGUGGAAUCUUUCCAUAAUUGAAAAAACUAUUUGAAAUUGUCAAAUUCCACUUUAAUAAACACAAAGUUCACAGGACAUGAAAUCAUGUAAAUCGUGCAAACUUUGUGUUUAUUAAAGUGGAGUUUGACAAUAAUUGUCAAUUUGAAAUUAUUUCAAAUAGCUUUUUUUAAUUUUUCAUAUAUUUUUCAUUUUCCCAUGGAACACCACUCUAGAUCUUCGGUUCAAGUUUUUGGCGCGCACUUUUGAAAUUAAUUUCCAUCAAAGAGUGUCGUAGAGUAACUGCGAAAAUUGACAAAGGCUGCUGUAGUAUAUUAUCAAAAUAAUUAUUCCAAUUAUUAAAAUUAUUUUAUGAUUCAAAGCAAUAGUACAAAUUCAAAUCAAGUAGCUGGUGCUGGUGCCAGAUGAAAGAAUACUUUAUAAGUUCUAGGUUGGCUAUGUUGUAAAUGGAAACAUUUUAUUAUUAUUGUUAUUAUCAUUAUGUUGUCAGGACAGGUGAUUUUCCAUAAUAGUUCAAUAGACAAUAGUUGAGCUGGUAUUGCAGAAUGAUUCAAUGUGGAGAAAGCAGAAGAUAGCUUGUUUUGCCUGCGCAUGCGCAGAGAAGCAAGCAGACUACAAUUCAAUCGACCAAUGAGAGCUCUUCAAAUGUUAAUUGUCACAAUUUACCAGGCUUCGACUGUGGGGCAGGAAUUUGUUACUGGAACUAGUUUCUGGUCAAAAUUGUUCCCAUGGGACACGGAACUUUUUCCCGGGUAAAUUGUGAAUCGUACAAUUUACCACCUUUCAUUUUUCCAGAAUGGGCCCAAUAUGAAGUACACAUUAAAGUACCAAUUACAAUUAACUACCGAGCUAUCUAAUAUAACCUACAAAUUUGAGGUAAAAUUCAAGGGAACACUAUCACAGCGACUGCGAUUGUAGUACAGAAGCUAGGGGAAGCGUGGUGCUCAAACCAGUGGUACCACAAUCGCAAGGAAAAUAAUCGCUACCACAGCGCACAACGCCAUGUGGAAGUAUCAGAGCCACUGCCAUGCCUGCCAAUGCAUUUCAUAUGCGCUGCGUUUGUGGUACCACAGAAGGAAAAUAGUAGCUCCCACAUCCCACAUGCGAUUGUGGUUCGUCUGCAACCGCCCUAAGAAAAUAUUCCAUGGUGUUGUGUACAAGUUGAGAUGAUACUGUAUCAUAUUCUGUUAAUACUGUAUCAUUCAGGGUGAUACAGUAUCAUUUUGUGGUGAUACUAAUAAAUAAAUAAUUUUAUUUCCAUCAUAAA